UUGAUAAAUUAUUAAAAACUUAGUAAUGGUUACUUUAACGAUAUUUUUUUUGUAAAGAAGAAUUUAAAUAAGUUAGCUAACUUUAUGCUGAUUGCUCUUCAGUUAUAAUCUAAAUAUCUUGCUACAGAGGUUGUUAAAAUUCUCUGUCUACGGUAUGUCUUAAAUUAGUCUGCGACUCUUCUAUGUAUGACAUAGAGGAAUUAGAAAGUGGAGAUGCAUCGCACUCAAAUUCAUGAAAAAUAUUCUAUGUCCUUAUCUACGCACAACUAUAAAUUUGACUCACAAUACACACACGCGUAAUUUUUACACAGCCUAACAAACACAUUGCUUAGACUAUCCACAGAUUAAAUACAUAGAAUAUUCGAUUACUGAUCGAUGUUUGGCUGUUUCGUCAAAAGAAUCGAUCGAUUCUUUUUACAAAUUGUUUUUAUUCUAUAUUUGAUAAAAUUAAGGUUUAAAUACUUUCAAAUAAAACGUUACUCCAUCUUUUACUAAACAACAAGAUUUUGGCCGUUUUUUAUGCCAUUUGACUACACCGACCGGCAUUUUUAGGGAGCUCUUUACACGACGAAAACGAUUACAACAAUGAAACAUCGAUUCUAUAGCAACAGUUUUUAUAAACGCGUUAGAUCAUAGAUUUUUGAUCUUUGCCAGAUGGGUAACGGUUAGCGAGGUAGGUCCUGUUAUUUAAAUGGUCUAAGAUGUAUGUAAGGCUUAAAUGGGCUAGAACUCAGAGCAGUAAAACUAGUAUAAGAAAUAGAGCUGUUACGUUUACGUCAAAGUCAAACUUACAAUUGACAUUGACGUCCAUGAUUGAAAUUUAUUUACAAAUAAAUUGGACUUGCUUUACUCACUGCAAGUUAAUAAUAGACAGAAAUUAUUGUUUAAAUAAACAGAAUAUAUAUAAAAUAAACAAAAUCAAGCUUAUCAGAAUAUAAUGAUAUUUUAUCAGGUAAAUAGAAUCUUAUACAAGCCUUAUGUAAUCUAUAAAUUUCUACGCAAAGUGCACACCGAAACAUUACCUUCGUCGAAUAUUUUGUAUCCACUUCGAAAUCGCGGAUUGCUUAAAGUUGCGGGAGAUGAUGCCUCAGUGUUUCUACAAGGCCUCAUUACUAAUGAUAUGAACCAUUUUGAGGAAGGAGCAAAGUCUGUGUAUGCUAUGUUUCUUAAUAAUAAAGGUAGAGUUUUAUACGAUACGCUAAUACACAAAUGGGGCGCAGAGAGUUCGUUUUUAAUAGAAUGCGAUAGAAAACUCAUAACUAUACUGCAGAGACAUCUAAAACUUUAUAAGUUAAAGCGAAAAGUGGAUAUUGAAGAUAUCAAUAAGGAUUAUAGUAUUUAUGCUUUGAUAGCUCUAAAUGCACCCGAUAUAUCUGAUGAUAAAAUAAAUGUUUACAAAGAUCCUCGCCUAACUGACCUGGGAUAUAGAAUAAUAUCUUCUGUAGAUGCUAAAGAUUCAGAGGUAGCUCAAACUGUAGGAAAAGAUGUAACCGAAGGUGACGAAGAUGGAUAUAAAUACUUGAGGUACAAGUUAGGUGUCAGUGAAGGGUCUGAUGACUUGCCUCCUGGGACAAGUUUCCCUCUGGAAGCUAAUUGUGACUAUCUCCAUGGAGUGAGCUUCCAUAAGGGCUGUUAUAUAGGCCAGGAGCUUACUGCCAGAGUGCACCAUACUGGAGUUGUACGAAAACGAAUAAUGCCUCUCAAAUUUACUGAAACUAUAUCAAAUAUAGAACAGGACUCUGUGAUCUCUGCUAGCAAUAAUCCUAAGAGUAAUUUAGGGAAAUUGAAAGGAUUUGUAAAUAAUUAUGGUUUAGGAUUGAUCAGAACCAAAGAGGCUCUAGAUGCAAAGACUUUAAAAGUUGCAAACUAUUCUGCAGAGGCCUUAAAACCUUCAUGGUGGCCCAUUGAGGCUCCAAAAGAGGUUCCCAAGAAUGAAUAAAUUUUUUAUUAUAAUUAUUAACAGUAUCUUCUAGUCUAGUAAUUGUAUUUUUUUUGUUUUAUUUUGUAAAUAUGUUGUCAAAAUGUGAUGUAACUUUUGGGUUGGUAAUAAACUAAUAUCAGUUUAAUAAAUUCCACUGAUGAUGUUAAAAUAAUAUUUGUAGUUUUAAUUUAUGGGAACCAAUUCAUUUGAAACAACAAACCAAUUCAUUUCAAACAGUAACAAUACUUAUGACUUAGAUAGUUCAUAUAUUUUUUUCAUUGGAAUAUAUCACAACAGUGACUUGAUUGAAUUUUCAUGUUAUGUAACUUUCUAUUAGUAUAAAGAUAAAAAUAAGGUGCCACAUAAUACUUACUGAAUUUGAAAAAUCCUUCUGUAAUAAUAAUAUAGGAAUAUCCAUUUAAAAAUGAAUUAUUAAAGUUUUAGUUAUUAGUCUCUAAAGCACUAUGUAAAAAGAAAAAACAAUAGCCAGCCACAUGCCAGCACUUGUAUAAAUAAACAUUAUUUUGUCAUUACUUCUUA